AUUUGUAAAAUAACACACACGAAACAGCAUCGGCUAUAUAUUUUACUCGAAGUACUUUGCUUUUUUAAAACGCAACCACGUGACUUUCAAUAGAAUAAAAUCCACACAGCUUUUAUUUCGAAGUGGUACUACUAAAGCUGUUAGCCUGCUGGAUGCAAGGAUUUUCUAGCUGAUUUAUAUGAGAGCAGGCUGAUAAGCGUUGCAGGAAAAAUAAUCAUGGCUGUAGCAUUUAAUGAUAAUUAAAGACAACGGUGCUUUCCCGUUGAAAGUAUUUUACAUUGCUGUCUUCUAGCAACGACUUGUUUCUUUUUCGGACGACUGGACUGGACCAAUAUCAAGUUGCUACUGUGGUGAGGAAGCUAAGUUAGCUGUCAAGUAGUAGCCCUCUAGGCAGCCACAUCAGCACCGCUGAUAUUAGCCAGCCACGUUAGCAUCAAUUUAAGCAAGCUGUUAUUUUGUGUUGAGAGAUUUCAUUAUGGCAGAUAGUAUCAUGAGUAAGGCUGCUACCAUGGAGAUCCCCAUUAACAGCAAUGGAGACACAGGGACUCCAGAGGAUGACAGCCUGGAGCAGGAUUUGCAGCAGGUGAUGGUGUCUGGACCCAAUCUGAAUGAAACCAGCAUUGUCUCAGGAGGUUAUGGGGGACCUGCAGGGGGCAUCAUUCCUACCAGCACCAUCAAAGGGCCUGCAGUUCGCUUCAACCCUGAGUAUUUGGACAGAAGACGAGCUCCUGCACCAGGACCAGACAUUCGCAUGAAAUCCAGGGGUGUUAGCUUGCCUAACAGCCAAUCUGCAGCCAGUCGACUUGCUCAACACACUGACCAACAUCCAGGGUCGUCACACCAUAACACUAGUAAUUCAACUGAGGAAGUCUCUCGUGGUGUGGCAGUGGAGAAAUUGGACAGUGUAAAGAAAUGGGGUAUAAACACAUACAAGUGUACAAAGCAGAUGUUCUCAGAGAAGUUUGGACGAGGUUCACGAACAGUAGACCUGGAACUGGAGGCCCAAAUUGACGUGUUAAGAGACACUAAGAGCAAAUAUGAAAACAUCUUAAGACUGGCCACUGCACUCACCAGUCAUUUUCAAAGCAUGGUGCAGACACAACAGGCUCUAGGAGACACCUUCACCGACCUCAGCCAGAAGUCCCCAGAGUUGCAGGACGAGUUUGGGUAUAAUGCAGAAACACAAAAACUGUUGUGUAAGAAUGGCGAAGCCCUGCUCGGUGCUAUAAACUUCUUUGUGUCCAGUGUCAACACCCUGGUCAACAAAACAAUGGAGGAUACUCUGAUGACCAUUAAGCACUAUGAAAAUGCGAGACUUGAGUUUGAUGCCUAUCGUUCUGAUCUGGAGGAGCUGAGUUUGGGCCCAAGAGAUGCAGCUGCAAUGGUCCGCAUUGAGAUGGCUCAGCAUGAUUACCAGAUCCACAGAGACAAAUAUGAGAGGCUGCGUAGUGAUGUCACCAUCAAGCUCAAAUUCCUGGAGGAAAACAAGGUGAAGGUGAUGCACAAGCAGCUGCUUCUCUUCCAUAACGCUAUCUCUGCUUACUUUGCUGGCAACCAGCAGCAGUUGGAACAAACUCUAAUACAGUUCAAUGUAAAGUUAAAGCCCCCAGGAUCAGACAAGCCAUCCUGGCUGGAGGAGCAGUGAAGGGCGCUCAGGGUUUGGCUGUUUGAGAUGAAUCGUCACAUGCUGGUCAGUGAAGAAUGUGACUUCACUCAUGGUUAGAUGGACAAGAAUUUAAUGCAUAAAGGAGUAUGUUGUAGGAGCAGUAGCUGCCAGUAAAAAAAGAAAAAACGUGAGAUAUCACUUUUGUAUUGUUUUUCCAGUAUCGCUUAUUUCAUAGAUAGGAGCAACUAUUUCAGUUGUAUUUUGAUUUUUGUUUUGGUUCAGACACAAAAUGGGCUUUUGUUACUUUCUUAUUCUUUAGGAGGCACAAUCAUUUACAUGUAUAUCACUUGUUAUUUAUGUACAGUAUAGUCUUCUAUUGUGGAAAUACCCCUUGGCAGUUUUGCACAUGCAUUAUUUUGUUGUUGUUGUUUUUUUUUUUUAAAUGUUGUCUAAAGCGUUAUCUUUAAUAUUUCAGAGUAUAUAAAAUUGGAGGAAUUCCACAAAUUAGAUUAGUGAGUUAGUUGGAUAAAAUCAAAAAUGUUUGGAAAUAUCUUUUGAAAUCAAAUUAAUAUUUAUUUUUCCUGAGUAUGCAUGAGUGAACCAGGCAUCAGGAUGUAGUACAAGUGUCAGUUUAUCCCACUAGAUUUCUAAUAUAAUUUUGUGGAAUGCCUGCCUAAAUGCUCAGUUAACAUGCAUAGAAAAUAUAUAAAAUAUAUAGCGAAAA